GGUGGAGGAAGGACCUCCUGUACCUUCUCCCCUUCCCUUUCUCACUCUGACAGGCUGGGGCUUAAGGCGCUGUGGAGCACCGAAGCCGGAGGGAAAGAACAAAGAACGAAAGUGGGGAAGGGAGGUCGGAUUGGGAAGGGGACGAGCCCCCAACCCUACUUCCAGGGAGCAGGGAAGCUCAAAGUGUCAGUUGAAUCCCCUCCAACUCCGAGGCGCCUGGGAUUGUAGCGCCUUGCGUAGUCCUAACGGCCGGAGCAAUCCCCCCACCACCGUCCGCAAGUUACGGGGGAGACAGUUCUGAACGAGGCAGGAGGAAAAAAAGGAAAAAAGAAAGACAGAAAGAAAUCCCACCCCUGGCUCUCCUUCUCCCUGGGCAUUCAGAAAGAGAAUUAUUUCCGCCUGGUGGAAGUAGAAAUCAAGAAUGAAAACUAAGAAAGGUGUUGUUCCAGUAUCAGGCAGUGAGACUGAGGAUGAUGACAACAUGGAUAUUCCCCUGGACCUUUCCUCUUCAGCAGGCUCAGGCAAAAGGAGAAGACGGGGUAAUCUACCCAAAGAAUCUGUACAAAUUCUCCGGGACUGGCUCUAUGAACAUCGGUUUAAUGCUUAUCCUUCAGAGCAAGAAAAAGCUUUACUAUCUCAGCAAACACACCUAUCCACACUACAGGUCUGCAACUGGUUCAUCAAUGCACGCCGCAGGCUCCUCCCUGACAUGCUGAGAAAAGAUGGCAAGGAUCCAAAUCACUACACUAUUUCCCGCCGAGGGGCCAAGAUUUCUGAAGCUAACUCUGUGGAGUCAGCCAUGGGCAUCAAAAACUUCAUUCCAGCUUUAGAUGAGAGCUCAUUUCAUGCCUGUACAACUGGACCAAACCAGACCUUAGGAAGACCACUGUCUCCUAAGCCCCCAUCCCCAGGAUCCAUAUUGGCCCGGCCCUCAGUGAUUUGCCAUACCACGGUGACUGCAUUGAAAGAUGCCCCUUUCCAUCUGUGCCCGUCAGUCAAUGUCGGACAGAACACAGACAUGCAGCAGAUACCAGCCAACGGUUUCACAGACACCUCUCUCCUGUACUCAGAGGACACGGGUAAAUCUGGACCAAGUGCAAAUACCCAGAGUGGGCUUUUCAACACUCCCCCCCCCAACCCCACCAGACCUCAACCAAGAUUUUAGUGGAUUUCAGCUCCUAGUGGAUGUUGCCCUCAAAAGGGCAGCUGAGAUGGAGCUUCAGGCAAAACUGAUGGCCUAACCCUUUUUU